AUGGAAGAGAAUAUCAACAAAUCUCUUUGGAAUAAGUAAAAUAGCACAUAUUUGCCUCGAAAUUCCAUUAUACUCAGCCGUCUUUUUGGCUUUCUUUGCAUUCUUAUACAGCUUUAAUUGGCUAAAGUUCAGGCGGAUCCAUCAACAAUCUAAACAACGAAUACUCAAUUAAUCAUUUUCGGUACACUUCUCAAUCCAAUCCCAUCAGGCGGAUCUAUCUAAAUCAACGCUCCUAGUGAAGUCAGUAUAAACUCAGGCUCAUUAACUUGUUCAUUCGUGUUACCUUUAUCAGGAGUUCGUAUUUCUAGUUGUAUAGCAAGCUCUCGUAAAAUCACUAUAAUACUGGGAGCAAUAUUAGGGGCAGAAGCUUUUGAAAUUCAUAUUAACAGUGUAAUGACCAACCCUUUGAGUACUUCCCCAACCUCAUCGUUCACUAUUGAAACAUUUGGCACUACAAGUGCAUUGAUAGAUCAGUUGUCAACUGGAAUUAAUUUAAUUGCAACUGAAGGAAUUAUAUAAACUACCAAGCUCACCCCAGCUAGCAAUGUAGUAGGCGCUACUACUAAUCUUGAAAUAAGGUUUAAAGCAACUCACAGCAUACCAGUUGGAGCAUAAAUAAAAGUUACAUUCCCUAAAUGGAAUCCAUUAGCUACAAGUCCAUAAGAGUAUCUUCAAGGAGGUAUAUCUUGUAUUACAAGAGCUGUACUUCAAGUAUCACUUCAGUGCUCUUUUGCUAGUUCAGUAUUAACUGUAACAGGAGCAGUAGGUACAGCUAUAGCAGGGGGAACAGAGGUAGCUUUUAAUGUGACAAGCUUUAGAAAUCCUCUCUCAACUACAGAAGUUUCAGGUUUUUCAAUUCUUAUAGUGGAUUCUUCAGGUGGAAACAUUGAUAGAGGGAGUGCUACAGCUAAAGUUACCUAAGCAGCUGUAAUCACCAAUGCAGCAGUAACAGUCGACAGUAGUGUCAGUUCAAGUAUCGCGGGCAUCGUUCAAGAAACAAAUAAACUCCGUCUUACAUUCAAUAGACCAGUUCCUCUCAAUCCUAGCUGCUCAGUUAAGGUACUCUUGCCUUCAUAAUUUAGUGUCUCUUCAAUUACCAGUAUCCUUGUAUCUGGCUUUGGAAACAGUCAGACCAGCUAUACACCUACAAAGAGUUCCCUUGACAAUUCUUUCUCAUUUACUGAUUGCACAAGUUAUACUACUAAUACUUAAGCAGGAGUUAUUAUAAUAGAUUCUUUGAAGCUUCCAAAUUAUAACAAACCAACAGGCAGCUUUUAGAUAAUAAUUAAUGCAUAAAAUGGAGAUACAAUCGCUACUGUAACUUCUGGUGUGACCUUUACAGCAUCUCCAGGUGAAAUUUAAUCUGUAGCAUUAGUUGCAACUACUCCUACUAUAUUAGCCACCACUCCAAUUACUUUUACUAUUGUACCUAAGCAUACUCUUGAUGUCUCAACAAGAGUUACUGCCAUUUUCCCAACUGGAUAUGUGUUGGGCUCAUCGUGUACAAUAACUCCUAGCGCUACUAUUAAUGCCGCAGCCAGUUGUUCAUUUAGUGGAUAAACAAUAACUAUUAACAAUUUCUUGCCAACUGUUUAUAUUGGAGGAUCAAAUGCAGAGAUUAAAUUUACUCUUGGAAGCAUAACUCUUCCAUAAACAACUGAAACUUUAUCUGGACUCAGCAUAUCUUUGCUUAACUAAGAUUCAGCAGAUUCUGUAUACUAUCUCAUAGAUACUAUAACUCGAAGUGUUCCAAUUACUAUUGGAUUUGGAACUAUAAAUGCAGUUAAUGUAAUUCCAGCUUUGACUGUUGCCUUUGCUACAACAUCUUAUUCAUUUGAAAUCACACCAGAGCAUUACAUUCCUUAGAAUGGUUAUAUUCAAAUCACAUAUCCUUCCGAUAUAAGUAUUCCUGACGCUUCAUAUUCGUAGAGCUAGUGUUCUGGUUUCUCGAGCACAUUUACCACCACACCAACUUGUGUUGUUGAUACUACUGCCAGAACCAUCACUAUCAAUAAUGGAUUUAGACAGACAUCCUUCCCACCAGGCGGCACAAAGUUUUCAUUCACAAUCCCAGGAAUUGUGAAUCCUUUGAAUCUCGGAAAUUCAGGAACUUUUGCUGUAAAGACAUUCACAUAGUCAGGAUAGAUUAUGGAUCAAAAGCUAAGUGGAAUUAUAGUAACAAUGACAACCACUGCUUUUAUGAAAUCAGUACUUGUCACACUUGGAUCAUACAUCAACUCUGCGAUAACUUCUUACACCUUCUAAAUCACUCCCACUGUUCCAGUAACUGAAUCUCAUUUAUUAGUAAUACAAUUUCCACCUGAAGUCACUCUACCUACUUCAGAAUCAUCACUUUCCUGCUCCUCAUCAGACACAGCAAUCUUUAAUUCGGCUACUUGCACAUUUAACAAAGCUGUACUCUCAAACUCAAUUAAGAUAGCAUUGGAUUUAAAAACAGGUGUGACGUAAAUCAAUAUUUUACAGACAUUUAAGAUUACUGUUAAUGGAAUUAAGAACCCACCAUCGACAAAAUAAACAUCAGAUUUCUUAGUAAAGGUCACUGAUAGAUCCUAAAAUGAUAUCAAUAAAUCACCAACAGGCAUUAGUGUUUCAACCAAUACACCUUAUACAUUAAGAUAAUCAUCAUUGAAGCAAAAUAAUACAGGUGCUGGAUAAAAUGUACAAGUCAAUAUCACAUUAUACCCUGAAAACGAUAUCUUAAUUGGAGGUGGUCUUUACUUAUCCUACCCUUCUCAGAUCAGUAAUUCUAGUGAAAUCAAGGUGACAGUCAUCUCAGCCUAUACCAAAUCAACUCCAAAGAUCACAAUUACUCCAUCAUCAAGAUAGAUUUUAAUGAAAGAAGCAUUUCAAUUAAAAGUGGUUGGUGCAACUGUAGAUGACACUAUCCUCAUAGUUCUAACUGGUUUCCAGAAUCCAAGAUUAAAUACAGCAUCAACCUCAUUUGUUGUUAAAACAUUCAAUGAAGAGACUGUAAGUAGUAAGACAGUUCAGUACUAUGUUGACUAAGUUACUGAUGGACUGAUUCUUAAUUCACCAUGUGACUAUCCUUGUGCUACUUGCACCGCAAGUCUGGCAUCUAACUGCACUAGUUGCUAUCCAACGAGUUUAUUGAACAAAUUAUAAGGAGGCACAUGCGUAAGUGAAUGUGCUCUAGGAAAAUUUUACAAUACUAAGACUUAAAUGUGCGAAAAUUGCCAGUAUCCAUGUCUCGGAUGUAAUGUCACAUCCACUAAUUGCACAGCAUGUGGCUAUUAGGAUUAUUUGUAUCUUCAUCAAGGCAAAUGCUAAGGUACCUGUCCAAAUGGCUUUGUCAAAGACUCUUAAAAUAAUAAGUGUGCCAACUGUAAUAGUGAAUGCGCAACAUGUGAUCUUAACCCUUCAACUUGCACAGCAUGCAGCUCAGCAUCAACUUUCAAGUAUUUAUAUCAAGCGACUUGCAAGAGUUCCUGUCCAGCUUCCGUUACUAUAACAAGACCAACCUUCUGUGAAGUUUGUGACCCAAUCUGUAAAACUUGCUCUGGUUCUCCAAGUUUCUGUACUACUUGUGAGUCAUUUAGGAAGUUUGACCCACUGCUUAAUACAUGCUCCCAAGCAUGCCAAGAAAACAUCCAAAUAUACAAUUCAACUACUGGGUAAUGCAUGAACUGUGAUGGAAAUUGCUAGACCUGCUCAGGAACUACAAAAACCUGCACAUCCUGUAAUAACAACCUUGUCCUUAAUUCAGAUAAUAUCUGCAAAUCAACUUGCUCUGCUCUUGAUCAAACUCCCAUCAAUAACAUUUGCAAGUAAUGUGAACUACCGUGUUCAUAAUGUAAGGGCUCAUUGAACCACUGUGUAAAGUGCUAGGCAGACUAUCUUUUAUUUAAUACUACUUGUGUCUAAUACUGUCCUGAGAAAUAUGAACCAAACAACUCUACUGGGCAAUGUAUCUUAGUUGGAUUGAUAUGUCCAGAAGGAUUUACUGUAAAUGAAGCUGGAGACGGGUGUAUCCCGAAUGAGUUUGAAUGCCCUGAAGGUCAAAUGAUCAAUGCAAAAAGAACUGCUUGUGUGCCAGCUCCAGGCUCCCCAGUUCCAUUUCCUUUCUUGAUAUUCUCAAUUAUUCUAUGUUUACUAGUACUUGGAAGUUACAUCAAAGAUAAGUUCUUCACAAAGGUAUAUUCAAACCUCAUAGCUCUGUUGAGUUUCUAGGAGAUGCUAAUAUACAUAUUAAUGCUGGCAUAUUCUGGUGCUAAUGGUAUCUGGGGUGCAUUUGUUCUAUCGCUUAUUGCUAUUUUAAUGCUUAUGACUGCAAAUAUAAUGUUUUACCUUUACUACAAGAAAGAGAUAUUGAUGGAUGAGGUAUUUGCUAAAUGGAUAAGGUCAUUCCCAAGGACUUCUAAAUACAUUCCUCUGAUUGCACUCUUCAUUAACUUCAAAUGUAUCAGGCUUUACUAUUCAGGCUUUUAUGGACUCGAGUCAUGCCUUGCAUAAUUUGAAAAUCCAUUAAAGAACUUCUUCAGACCUCUUAGAAUGUUGACAUAUUUCAAUUACAUUUUUGUUUACAUACCAGUUUUUAUAGCAGACAUCAUCAUAUUCGCUCAAGUUAAAUGGGGAUACUAGCUACUUAUACUUGGAAUAGAAUCAUUUUUGCUCACAAUAGCAAUCAUUAUAUUGACUUACUUUGAAUUUAGAGAUCCAAAGAAACUCAUCAAUCAAGGUGAUGAAGCAUACUCAAGAAUCAAGCCUAGGCAUUUUAAUGGUGAGUCUAUGGUAAUGAGUGGAAUGGUAGAUAUUGAUGAGUCUACCCUCAUAAGAUCUAAAGUAGUUGAUGAUGAAUACGAGAUAUUCCUAAGAAAGAAGGCAUUUGUUAGUAUUCUUAAUCAGGUCGGCAAAAAUUACUUCACAGCCCAAGAAAAGGGUUUGGAUCUAGGAGGAAAAAUAGAUUAAGUCAUGACUAAAUUUGACGAAAACAGGUUGAAGUUGAGAAGAGCAUUUAGUUUGGAGGACAUCAAAGAGGAAGAUAGUUGGUAUAUACCAUCCGAUGGAGAAAAGGAUGAUACAAUGCAAAUAUUAACUAAAAUUCCACAUGGUGAAGAUGAGGAUGAUAAGUUUGCUCCAAGAAGAUACUCGUACCCCUUGUCGCCCAAAUCCAAAGUCAAUGCACCAGAUCCCUUAUUCAGAACUAAUCUUAAAGAAAUCAAAGAAGCUACUUAAGAAUAGCUUGACAACAAUGUUUAUGCUGAAUGCAAAGCCCCUGAUAAGAAUAAGGAGAAGAACAGAAGAAAAACUGUGUCCAGAAGAACUUAGACAUAUUUGAGAGAGCUCUUGUAGAUUGAAGGCGAUGACUUACAUGAGAGUGAUCUUGAAAUAAUAAUGGAGGAUGAGGCAGAAAUAGACCUUGACUAUACAAAAGAUCUGAUUGAUAACGUUAUUGAUGGAAUCUCUGAGAGUGAAUCUAAUCUUGCACAAAAGAAAAGAGUGAAAAAGAAGAGAAAGAAUGUAAAUAAUAAGAGAAGGAAUGAGAUUCCAGAUUUCGAGCUUGCUGAUAUUAUGGGAGACUUUGAGAUUGAUGACUUGGGUAACUUCAUUAUUCUUAGAGGGGAAAAGGGAGAACUGUUGGACAAGAAGGAAAGAAGAGUAAACAGAAGAGGAUAUUUGAUAGAUAGAUUUGGAAAUAUCAUCAACAAGAUGGGUCAAGUAAUUUUCAAAGCAGUUGAACUAGACUCAGACGAUGAAAUCCCAGCACCAUUUGGCUUUGAGAAACGAAAGAAGAACCUACUUAACUUAGGACAAGAUGGCGAGUUUAGAGUUCAAGGAAAUGAUAAGGAGAUCGAAGAUGAUGAAGAUUUGAUUGAUAGAGAGUUAAGAGUGAUUAAGAAAAUUAGCAAGAAAAAGAAGACUAUGCCAGAUGGGUAAAUUGUUGAAGAAGAAGGAGAUAAUGAAGAUGGAGAAAGCAGUGUUGAUUCUUUAAUGGCUGAAUCUCCAGGAAAGUAUCAACUUGACUAGUUUGGUGAAAAUGAAGAUGAUAUCAUCACUAAUGUUACCAAGAAAAAGAUUCCUAUAAGAAGAGCAUAAAAAUCGAAUAAGAGACUUUCUCCCACAAGAACUGGAGAAUUGAGUCCUUAAGAAAGCAAAUAAAAAGCUGGUCCGCUUUAAAAUCUUCCACCAAAGAGAAUUAAGAGAGAGGAUACCAGGGAGAUGUUCCCCUCGUUAGCUGUAGAAGCAUCUCAGCAAAAGAAAUUAUUCAAAAUAGCUGAAUAAAUAGGAGGUAUGGCAAACCAAAUAGCCGAGAGUCAAAAGAAAAACUAAAGCUAAGACUUCGAAACAUUAUCCAAUACAUAGUAAAACUAAGAAAGAUUGGAGAAGCUUAAGCAAGAGCAUUUCAAAGAUAUUAUUGGAGAGAGUCAAUUGAAGUAAAGCAAAUUGGCGGCUUAAGCUACUGAGAAAAAGCUUCCACCAAAGCCUACCUAUGACAAGAUAUAUGGAAAUCUAGGAGAUGUAGUAAAUUAUGAGGAGUAGCUACUAAAAGAAUAAUAUAAGGGAGCUAGAGCAUAAUCUCCAUUUUCUAGUCAGAUGACUUCAAGAAUGGGUUUCAGACCUGAAGCUUCAACUAUCGGAGGAGAUAAGAGGAAAAUAAGAGGUCUUGAAUCAAUAUAUCUUUAAAAGUUUGAUAAAAAGGCUGGACUACCUGGGGCUAAAAGACAGUAAAAGGCCAAGUUUAGAAAUACUUUGCAUAAAUUUGUUGAUGAUCCAGAAAUGCUACUUGAUGAUGGGAUUGAUAGAAUAAGAGAAAAUGAAAUGUCACUCAAAGUAGCUGAUAAACUCGACAGACUGUAGAGAUAAUACAUGUCGAAUACAUCUACAAAUCACUUCCACAACGCUUCAUCAGUAACUAAUAUGGCUAUUCAGCCUACUGUAGGCGCAGCUAUCAUCAGAAAGAAUGGAAGUCUUUCAGGCUCAUUAUUUAAUCAUGAUCCAUCCCUGGAACCAAUUAAAAAGGGUAACUGGGUACAAAAAGAUUGA